GCUGGAGGAAGGAGCCCCAGGCAACACGGGUUCAGAGCUGGAAAAUCCACAAUGGGAGCUCUCGAUGAAGUGGUUCAGGCAGCCAGAGCUACGCAAAGAGGAAAUGCAUACUCGCGCCCAGUGGUUCUGCUAGCAACGCUGGACGUUAAAAACGCCUACUAGUCAUACAGGAUUGCACAGUAUGUAUGUACUGAACGUGCUCGACAUCAAAAUAUGAUUAUGCUAACUAGCAAAGCUGCUCACUCUGAUCAAGUAACACACAGCUACUUGCUUAGUAGCUCUGGCUAGGAAAAAAAAAAAUCGCAUAAGUAUUUAAAUAAAAUCGUCUGUAAAGCGAAAACUUAGUACACCCAUCAAGGAGCCAUUUAUUUGUCAAGUAUGUAUUAAUGAAGAAUAUAAAGAUUGGAAUAUUAUCGAAGAAUUGAUGACAUCUUUGCUCUACUCGAGCAGUUUCGACUGGAGCAUUCUUACGGAGUGUUUAUUGAUAUAUCAGACAAAAACUACUUUUUUAUAACAGUAACAAAAGCCAUGUAGAACUUUUAUAUCAUUCUAGUAUAUCAACUACUCCUUGAAUAUCAGUGCAAAGAACUUGAAAAUAAUUGAAAAAUGAGUUCGGAUACAGCGGGACCCUGCAGAUUGGAUUAUAGCAAAGAAGCUCUUUGGGAACGUAGCUAUCUAAAGAAAAAGUGCAAGGAGUUGAAUAUAGAAGAAGACUAUACUUUGUACGACAGACGUCUAUGCAUCAAUCAUCUCGGCGUAUUCUUCUUCGUACACUCGACUGCGACCGUGAUCAAGUGUAUCAUGCUGUUGGUGACGUGUGCGUACCCCGAAUUCAUUCAUGUGGAUGUGGGAGUCUAUAUGACAUCCGCAAUACUCACUGUCUCCAUAUUGACCAUCAACUUCUCAGAAUCAAUCGUGUCGCGUAACGAAUGGAUUAUUUACGUAUCUUCGGCAGUUGCUGCGGCACUCAUAGUUAUGGCGGAUGUGACUAUUUUUUUGUACCACCAUUAUAUACACGAAUGGACUGUUCUACCGUUCUACGACGCAUACGUUUUAUAUGUUAUAUAUUUGUGUUUUCCCAUACCCGCCCUUAGAGCUCCGUUUAUAUUGGCGUCAUUUGUAUCUAUUACCUACCUUAUUAUUAUUUACUUUUACACUCUUGACAACGAGUUCAUCAGUUUUCAACAAGCCCCAUAUAUGAUCGUGGAGGUUCUGCACUUUACGUGCUGCCACUUAGUAGGGUUAUUCUAUCGCUUGCUGAACGAGAUUACGGUGCGCUCGUCGUUUAUUGAUCGACAUCAGUAUGUAAUGGAGGAGAUUUCGCUGCGAGAGGCAAAGAAUAAGGAGAAACAAUUGCUUCACGGCAUUUUGCCUCCUGACAUAGCACGACCAUUCGAGAAAGAAAUACGCUAUCGUAUCGGGAAAACUAACAAGAUACACGGCGAAUAUCAAAGCAGUAACUUAAACCAAGGCAUUAUGGCCCUUCAAUUCCAUCCGGAUGUUACUAUCCUGUAUGCAGACGUGGUCAACUACACGCAUCUCACCACAACACUUACUGUCAACUCUCUGGUGGCAUUGCUCCAUGAUCUCUAUGGUAGAUUCGACAUGGCUGCCCGUACCUUUAAAGUACAGCGCAUUAAGUUCCUGGGCGACUGCUACUACUGUGUGGCGGGUCUUACGCGACCCGAUCCCGAUCAUGCCAAAUGCUGCAUAGAGCUGGCCCAAAGAAUGAUUGCACAUAUUCGGGAAGUUCGAUCAAGCCGAAAUUUGGAUAUCGAUAUGCGAAUCGGUGUGCAUUCUGGUUCUUUGAUGGCCGGUGUGAUGGGUGCUGCAAAGCUACAGUACGACAUUUGGGGAGAAGAUGUUAUAAUUGCUGGUAUAUUGGAAUCUACCGGACGGCCAGGCCACAUUCACAUAAGCGAAAGGACUAGCAAAAUGUUAAUCGAUAACCCCUAUGAGCUUCUUCCUGGCACAGAGAAGGCUCUCCAACAUCCUCAACUUGCAAGUAAAAACAUUAAAACUUUUCUUAUUGCGGCACUUGAUUACAAAACAGUCUUGGGAAAUGAACAGUCUUCUCAAGCUCUGGAAACGAUCCAAGAUCUAGAAAUGCAAAAAAAAGAGGCGCUGCGGAUUGAGUUUGAUAAGCUUCCUGUCGGCUCGUUUCACGUCAAGAAUAAGUUUACAACAAUAUUUCGGAAGAAAAGUCGUACCGCCAGUACAGAGCGUGCGACUACACGUCCACAAAUCGGAUUUUUGUUUUUGAACUUUCGCGAUUCCCGAAAAGAGUUGAACUAUAUGAAGCAACCCGACUACAUGUUGAGAUAUAGCGUUCUGUUAGCUUGGUUUGCUGGAAUAUUUCUGGUGUAUCUUGUUAAUAUUAGCCACAAAGCCGACAAGACCAGCGUCAACAACAAUAUUAUUGUUAUGGCGUUACUGACUACGCCGGUGAUCAUCUUGUGGUUCAAGAAGGCUUGCCAUUGGCGAUAUGGGAAUGUUCCGCAUAACUUUACAAAAUGCAGUUGCUUAAUUUUCAAGACAGCCGAGUGCAUACAGUCUAGCCUCAUCAUUCGAAUGGGCAUUUAUAUGAACAUGAUUGUGUGCUACUUCUGGAUUAUUUUUCAGGUCCUGAAUCAAUGUGACUACGACGAAUUCCACCUCCAACUUAUCGAGAGUAAGCUAUACCAUUAUGAAAUGGAUAAAUACAUGUGUUUUUAUCCUUGGGAUCUCACAAACAUGAUGUCUCUCAUGAUUGCCUUAAGCAUAAUAUUCACACGAAUUCCCUGGAUGGUGAAGAUCAUAGUAAGCGUAUUAGAAGGAACUACAUAUAUGAUAAUCAUGUUUAUUCAAUUCGAAUACGUAAUUAAUCGAAGCAGUACAACCAAUCCCUACUUUGAUUCAGAAUACGCGCACGGCUUCAAGAUUAUGGCUACUUUAGGAUGUCUCUACUUCAUGGAACGGCAGGCUGAGUUCAAUAGCCGGGUCAACUAUAACUGGAAGUUGGAACUGCUCAAAAAACAGAAUGACGCUGUCAUCACUAAUAAAUCGAUAACUAUUCUGCUGCAGAAUAUUUUACCUGCUCAUGUCGUCAACAUAUAUUUGACGUCAUUGGCGAAGCACCAGCUGUAUGCUGAAAACUACAAAAUGGUGGCGGUGAUGUUCGCUUCCCUCCAGGACUUCAAAAUGGACGUGCGCAACUUGCGUAUUCUGAACGAGAUCAUAAGUCAAUUCGAUAGAAUACUGUUUCUUUAUAGGGAAGACUAUUUAGUGGAGAAGAUUAAAAUCGUUGGCUGUACAUAUAUGGCAGCCUGUGGCUUGGACCCACGCUUCAUGGGGCGCAUCAACGAACGGUCAGGAAAUAAGCUAUCCGUUAUAACGGAGGUGUCACGCGCUCAACGUUAUCUGGCAUCCUCAAUAUCGAUUGCCGAAAAUCCGGCUGUACCCAAUGAGGAAGUGGUUUUUGUUUUAACUACAUUUGCAUUGGAUCUGCUGCGAACACUUUGGACGUGGCGCAAUGUCUACACAAAUAUACUUGAUCGUAGCCUGUUCACCGGCAAUAUGAAAAUUGGCAUAUCCUGUGGUGAGGUGAUGGCAGGAGUCGUUGGCGCCUCCCAGGUUCACUACGAUAUAUGGGGCACUCCAGUGAACAUGGCCUCGCGCAUGGACUCUACCGGUCUUUCUGGACAUAUACACGUUUGCGAAGAUACUGCCUAUAUUUUGCGCAAAUCCGGAAUAGAAUGUGAUUAUCGUGGCUUGACAUUUGUAAAAGGCCUCGGGAUUCUACCAACCUAUUUUGUGGGCGUUAACGAAGAUCACGAGUUUAGGAAUAUUCCUCUGCUUAUAGAUGACAACGCCGUUGAUUGAGGGAAGACGGGAAAUAUUUAUGAUAGAAGCACAACAGAAGGGGAAGAAUAAUUAUUAUUAUUUUUUUUUUAAGUUUCGAACUUUUAGAAUUAUUAGUUGUAAUUUGGCAUCCAGUUUUAAAUCCGCCUGUUGAAUUUUACCAAAGAAAAAUUCGCAAAAUCGCAAUUUUAUUUAUUAUAUAA